ACGUACCGGGGAGUCGACGAUGUUCGUGACAUCAGUGAAGUUGAACUGACUCAUGCACCAGGUUUACUCGAGGAGGAAGAACAUCGUAGAAAGCAGACUUGACAUGGCAGCGGCAGGACAUGGGUCUCCCACCAGAGUAGAUCAGAACUGCUAUGAUGGGUCUCCCACCGGGGUUUCCCAGGAUAGCUGCGACAGCAAAAGAAGUGACGCUGAAGACCAGAUGGAGGCACAAAAAGCCAACAUGAAAAACGCCGGUGAUAAACCCUACAUGUGUGGGGAGUGUGGGUACAGAACGAAUUUAAGGUCUAGCUUAUCCCGACACAUGAAAACACAUACAGGUAAAAAACCUUACAAGUGUGACAAGUGUGACUAUUCUGCAGCACGGAAAUCUGACUUGGACGCUCAUCUAGUAAAACACGGUGAGAAACCUUACAUGUGUGAGGAGUGUGGGUACAGGGCAGCUCGAAAGUCUACUUUGCGUCAACACAUAAGAACGCAUACAGGAGAAAGACCCCACAAGUGUGGCCAGUGCGACUAUUCUGCAACACAGCAGGCAAGCUUGGACAUUCAUAUAGCAACAAAACACACUGGUGAGAAGCCCUACAUGUGCGACAAGUGUGGGUACAGGACAGCUGUAAAGUUAAAGUUAUCUCGACACAUGAAAUCCCAUACAGGAGAGGCCUACAGGUGUGACCAGUGCGGGUACAGUACAGUUGACAAGUCUAACUUAUCUGCCCAUAUGAGAACCCAUACAGGAGAAAGACCCUUCAAGUGUGGCCAGUGUGACUAUUGUGCAAAACAGCAGGCGAGUUUGGACAUCCAUGUAGCAGCAAAACACACUGGAGAGAAGCCCUACAUGUGUGGAGAAUGCGGGUACAGAACAGCUAUCAGAUGUAACUUAGUUAUACAUCUGAGAACCCAUACAGGAGAAAAACCCUACAGGUGUGACCAGUGUGACUAUUCUGCAGCACAGAAGAAUAUUUUGGACCAGCAUCUUUUAAAACACACUGGUAAGAAACCUUACAUUUGCGAAAGGUGCGGCUACGGGGCAGCUAAAAAGUCUCACCUAUCCGAGCAUAUGAGAAUACAUACAGGGGAAAAACCCUACAAGUGUGACCAUUGUGGCUAUGCUUUUACACGGAAAUCCAACUUAGAUUGCCAUAUUAAAGCAAGACACUUGGACAAAUAUCUCGCAAAACACACAGACGAAAAACUUUACAGGUGCGAUGUGUGUGGAUACAGUACGGGUCACAAGACCCACCUAACCGAGCAUAUAAGAUCCCAUACAGGUGAGAAGCCCUACAAGUGUGACCAGUGCGACUAUUCUGCAGCAACAAAAUGUAACUUGAAGCGCCAUCUCACAAUACACAGUGGUGAGAAACCCUACAUGUGUGAGGAAUGUGGGCACUGGACAGCUAAAAAGUCUGACUUGGUCGUACAUAUGAGACAACAUACAGGAGAAAAGCCCUACAAAUGUGACCAGUGUGACUAUUCUGUAGCGACAAAAGGUAACUUGAAACUGCAUCUCUUAAAACACACAGGUGCAAACCCCUAAAAGUGUGACCACUGUGAUUUUUACACAGCAAAGAAAUACAUCCUGGACAAACAUCUCGUUAAACACGCAGCAAGUAGC